AAGCGAUAUUUUGAAAUGGCAACGCAAAAUCCUGAUAAAAUUGGUGGACUCCUUUUAAAGACGAGAGAUAAUUUGGCACUGAUGAAUAUGAUUUUUGCGGAUGGUUACAAAGGAGAUGUAGACGAAUCCUCCCUACUACAGUCACUUUUAAACAAAGCACAUUUGAAUAUUAAAGUAACCGCUUUUCAUCAUAUUGAAUUCAGAAUUUAUCUCAUGAACUUGCCUUAAAAGCGACGGAAGAAUACUGUUCGCCAGCAGAGUUUGCUGAUGAUAUACUAAAGCUCAAUGAUCGAUGUUUGUUGGCACAACGAUCAAAAGUUUCUUUCGAAAGAACUGAGAAUAAAGAAAUAAAUAUGAACACAAAAGAAAAUGGUCAGGUAGAUGCAAUAGAUCUUUAUCCGUUAAAACAUUUGAGCCCCGGUGAAAAGUUUAAAUUAGAAAAUGCUUUGAAAAUAUUAAGCGACCCAAGUCAUCCAUUUAAUCGUCAAACAGUACAGAAUGCAUAUGGAAUACAACUUCCAACAAUAUUACAAACACGAGUAACUGAAGAGCAACAACGACAAAACAAAAGGAUGCAAGAAAGUAAAAGUCAGUCAAAUGUCGCACUAACUACCGUCAGAAAAAAGAAGAGAGAUUUAAAAUUGAUUCAAUAUGAUGAAACGUCGGAUAAUAAUUGCAAUGCUUUAAAUUUGAUUCAACGUGGUCUAAUUCCAUCGAAUGCACAAAUUACAUUUGAUCCAUCACCAAUGCAAACAAAAUCAAUGCAUUUAAUAUCACCAAGUACAAAAUUACCACAACAGCCUAUUACAAUUAAUGACUUAUGUCCAGUCUAUGAACCUACUAAUAUUCAUGAAGUCCCAAAACCCAUAACACUUAAAAAGAAAUCACGUAGUGUUCUAUCUGACUCAAAAUCUGUUGCCGUACGUGAUGUAAGCAAAGUUGAUAGAAAUACAGAAUCUGUAUUUAUCACAGAAAAUCCUACCUUGUCAAGAAGACAGGCAUCUUCCAAAGCUACUCCUCCUCCUUGUACACCGAUAACUACUUGUUCAUCACAUGGCAAUUUUUGGCUAACUACAGAAGAAGGACUAUUUCAAACACAAUCAGAAGAUUAUCAAGCAUUUGAAGCACAAUUUACUGAUAACUGGGACAAAAUAUCAAUUCUCCUAUGUGAACUCGAAAAUUUAUUCGAUUUCUAUGGCAUAUCAGUGGCUGUUGUUAACGGUAUAAAAUUAGCAAAAUUAGCCAAAGACUAUGAAAAUAAUUUGGGAAGUUUAACAAGUGAUAUUUUAUUGACCAGUAUAGAAGAUUCUCAAACAAUUCGACGAAUUAUGACAGAACCAGGUUCUUCAUUUAGAGGACGACAAGGUCCUACGAGAGCUGCAAUAAAAAUUCAAUCUACAUUUCGACGUUAUCGAGCACAAAAGCAGUAUGAUGAACAAAAACGUCUUCGUGGAGCAGCUGCCAUCAUAUCAACUUCAUGGAUACGUUAUAAAAAAAUGAAACAAUUAAGAGAAAGAUUAUCAAAUACAAGAAAAUAUUGUACAGAAAUAUCACAGAAAAAGUUAAAAGAACUUGGAAAUAAUUGGGAACGUUUUGAACAAAACAGUCAUGUAGUUGUACACUUACCGUCUGCAAGUUAUUCUGAAUCAAUUAGACAACAAUUAGGCAGUAUUGAGGAAUUGGAAUAUAUGGAGAGUCGACAAAUUGCAAGAAUUUGUGAAAUUCGCAAUCCAAACAGAGAUGUUGUCAUAGUGACACGUGCACCAAUAUCUGAUGACCUUCUAGAAUACUAUAAUAAAUUACUAGGUUUAACUACAGCAAUUGAAACUGGUCAAGCUGAAAAUCAAUGUUCAAUUAGUUCACGAUAUAGAAUAAUUGUACCAGAAGCAAUUAAAUAUUUCCAUUCAAAUGCCCCAUCUCCAAUGUGUUUAGCAUCUCUACUGAAAUAUAGUCCUAGAGCAUUAAAACAUAUACGUCGUUUUAUUGCUGGACGUCCAGCUAUUCUUAUUCCAGGUUUUGGUGAACAUGAUGAUAUAUUUUAUGUUGCAAAUUGUUUAGAAAUACCAGUUUGGAGUUCAACACCAUCAAUUAAUUCAUUAUUUACACUUCAAUCAACUACAAGACGUUUAGUAAAACAACUUCUUGAUACAUUAUCUGAUCGUGAUAUUUCAACAGAUUUAAAAAAUCAAAAUAUAUCUAAAGCUUCAGCUUUAUUCACUUCAGUUAUAACUAGUCGACGUAAAGUUAUUGAUGAUACACGAACAAAUAAAUUAGUUGAAGGUUUUGGUAAAUUUAAAAAAGAUCUAGAUAAAUUUGUAACAGGACAAAAUUAUUGGCCAGUUGAACAACCACCAGGAGAUUUUGAUAUUUACACAAUGGAUCAUUUAUGUGAAACAUUAGCAUCAUUGUUUACAGAAAAUUUACCGAUUAAAAAUUGGUUAUUAAAAAUUGAUCAUAAUAAUAUUGAUAAACGUGCUACAGCUUUUAUAUCAAUUGAAUAUCUUCAAUCAUUUAAAUGGGCAUUAGAACAACGACAAUGGCAUGGUGCAGUUAGAUGGAAUAAGAAAUGGGCGCAGGAAACUACUUAUGUGAAAAUAUUAUCAGAAGUUCCACAAUUACUUCAAAGACAUUUGAAAUUAUUUCCAAAUAGUUUUUAUACAGAUUCAACAAGUUUCAUAGAAGCUUUUUUAAAACAUGGUGGUGUUAUUGAAGCAUGCCCACCAAUUGAUGAAUGGACAAAUCUCUCCGUUGUUAUUGCAAUUCUUCCGAACAAAACUGUUCGUAUAGUAGCUAGCGGCGAUCAAUUACACUCGGAAGAUAAAUUUUAUACAUGGGGAGAAACAAUACCAAUGUCGUCAGUAACACCAUUAUGGGUAAAUAAUCUUAGUAUGGGAUUGGGUUCGCUAAUGGCCAAUAAAGGAGUUGUUGGUUAUGUCAAUAUUGAUUUUUUGACAUUUAUACAUCCAGAAAAAAAUGAACAAAUAUUAUGGAUUACUGAUAUAAAACCAGGUUAUACAGAUUUAUUAGCUAUGACACAAUUGGUAUUAUUUGCUACAAAUACAACUUUUAAAAUUAAUCAAUCCACUGGUGAACAUGAAAUUAUAGCAAAACCACCAACCAUAUUAUUAGAGAAAAUGAUUGUCAAAUCACAAGAAACAAUAAUAUCAAAUGAAAUACAAGAAAAUAAGUUCAAACGUUACGCUAUUGUUAGUACUCGUUUACAUCAUUCUAAUUUGACUAUGAUACAAUAUUCGGUAUUUUUUAAAAUAUGUAGAGCUAAUUAUAUUGGUUAUAAUUUAAAAGAUCGACAGGGAAUAUUAUUCUCACCAAUGGACAGUUAUCGACGAGAUCGUUUAGCAUUGGUAGAGUCUUGAAGAGGCGUUGAGAAAAUUUGGAAGUACUUUAAAAAUUCUUCACAAAGAAGUAUCAACUCCAAACAUGACUGGUAUAAGUAAUUUCCAGUCAGUUAUUAAAGAAGUAGAACAAAUUCUUGGUCAAGUUAUUGAAAAUUCUCUAGAACAAAAUAUGUUAACAACAAUGAAAGAAAAAGAAAUACACAUGAAUCAAUCAAUUAAACCAACACAACAAAAUAAAAAGAUUAUGAAAAAUUAGAUGAAGAAUAUUGAUUAAAUGAAUUGACUGGUUCCAGAAGAAGAACAACAACAAGAAGAAGACAGUUCGACUUAGAUGACAAUAUCAGCUGAUUGAUAGACUACUUGAUAUUGAACAAACUAUAUACAGAUAUCCACACACACUAAAUGUAUUAUGUAAUUGCACAAUAAACAAUGUUUUUGGAAAGAAAAAUUAUUAUAUUAGACAUAACAUAUUUAUCUACUACUCAUAUCGUGAUUGUUACUUUCGUUUUUAAUUUUUUUUAAAUUUGCC